AUAAAAACAUUUAACUUCAGAAACGGUCAGGCAGCCACGUUGCAAGAGACUUGUACUCUUAUUAUUGUCUUUGUUCUCCAGACCGCAUGGGGGCGCUACAGCACAAACACGACAACCUCAUACCAGAAGUAGGAAGCCAAACUGAGUUCCGACAGUUUACCCGAACUUCACUUAUAACAUCUCAUCGUUCAAAAAACACUUUUGCAAGAAAGAAAGAAAAAUGUAAUGGAAAAGGAAGACCGCAGCUUUUGAUUAAAUAGCCUCAGGCGUUGGUAUUUCUCAGCCUCCAUCCAACGAGACUCGAGGUUACGACCAACAACAUUGCAAGUCAUCAUUAUACAUUUUAAACUCAACUAGUUUUCUAGUUGUCUCAGGGAUUAAAUCCCUAUGCUAUGGACGAGGACUCUGAAGACCCGUCCAGCCCGUCUCCAUCCUGCUCCACUGAACCCCAACCCACUGUGUCCCCGGGUCCUAACCGGAACCAUGGCGACCAGGAGGACAGUAACCACGGUGAUCAGAAAGACAAACCGCAGGGUCAGGAGAGGGUUACUGUGAGUCUGGACAUCAACAGUGAAACACCAACAUUUAAUAUCGUAGUCAAAGAAGAAGAAGACUGGGAUCUAGAUAAUACAGGAGAGAGUCCCAGCCAUCACUCUGAAGCUGGGGAGAGACCCUCUACAUCAGGAGAACCUGAACAACACCAGAUGAAGCGCAGAACGAGGCAGAAAAAGACCCACACAUGCCCAGAUUGUGGGAAAUAUUGCCAGACAUUAUCGGCGCUACAAAUACACAUGAGAACCCACACAGGAGAGAAGCCUUACGCUUGCUUUGUGUGUAAGAAAACAUUCAUUAUUAGACAAGCUUUGAAAACACACCAGCGAACACACACAGGAGAGAAGCCUUAUACCUGCUCUGAGUGUGGCAAGGGCUUCGCUCAUCAAUGUAGUUUGAGAUACCAUCAAAAGAGGAAUUCUGAACAGCUUAAAACAGACCCGAAUGAGAAGAUGACCUGCUGCUGUGGACAAGAGUUCUCCUCAAAGUGUGUUCUGGAGGUUCACUUGAAGACGGACACGGGAGCCAAGCCUUACACCUGCUGUGUGUGUGGCAAGAGGUUCAACAAAGAAUCAUUAAAAGAACACCAGCGAUCCCACACAGGAGAGAUGCCUUACUCUUGCUCUUUCUGUGGCAAGGGUUACUAUCACAAACCGGCUUGGAAAGCCCACGAGCGAACGCACACCGAGGAGAAGCCCCUGUGCUCCGUGUGCGGACGGACCUGCUCUAGUAAGUAUACGUUAAAAGUCCACGAGCGAACACACACAGGAGAGAUGCCUUUCCUCUGCUCUGAGUGUGGCAAGGGCUUCAUCAGUAAAGGACUCCUGAUGACCCACGAGCGAUUCAACUGUUCCGGGGGAGAAGAACGACAGCGAGCGAAGAGGUUUCACAAGUGUCCGGACUGUGGGAAGGAGUUCACACAAGCAAACAAACUGGAGAGACACAUGAGAACACACACAGGAGAGAGGCCUUACCAGUGCUCUGUGUGUGGGAUGAGGUUCAACCAGAAAGGGAAUCUCAAAACGCAUUUUAAAGUGCACACGGGCAGGGAUCCCAGUUUGCUGCCUGACAUGGACAUGAGGACGACUUCUUCAGAAGCAGCGAAACAGCCUCCGGAUAACAGACAUAAUGUUGGGAAACCACAACAAUUCCUGAAUCAGAUUGGCAAGGAGGGAACCCACAACCAUCCGGCACCACAAACCCACAACCUACCGGCACCACAAACCCACAAUCUACCGGCACCACAAACCCACAAUCUACCGGCACCACAAACCCACAACCAUCCAGCACCACAAACCCACAACCUACCGGCACCACAAACCCACAACCUACCGGUACCACAAACCCACCACCACCUCCCGGCAGCGCAGAGGGAGGGAAGCCACCACCUCCUGGCAGCGCAGAAACCCACCAUGUCCCCCAGGGGAGAAAAACACUAUCUCUGCCCUGAGUGUGGCAAGACUUACACCCGGGAAUACGACCUCCGAGUCCACCUCAGAACGCACACAGGAGAGAGACCGUACCAGUGUUAUGACUGCGGGAAGGCCUACGUCCGGAAAAACAAUCUCCAACAACACCGGCGGUCACAUGCUCCCAAGCCCAUGGGACCGACCCGCCAUUUAGGCAGACCACCCAGGGUGGGCUCUAGUAGUGGAAGGUCCAACCAAUCACCCAGGGUAGGAAGAGCUAAGCAAAAAAUGCAUACAUCAAUGUAAAUAUGAGAGACUCAUGCCCUUAACGCAGAUGGAGAGAGAGGACACUGGCAGUACUGGCACCUUUAAACACGGGGCUAGGUCCAUAUCAUCAUCCCAAAUGGCACCCUAUUCCCUAUAUAGUGCACUACUUUUGACCAAGGCCCAUAUGGGAACCUUUAAGGGCUCUGCUGAAAUGCAGUGCACUAUAUAGGGAAUAGGGUGCUAUUUUGGACAACCACCAUGCCUCUUAUGACUACAGAAUCGUUAUUCUUUCUGGUGUGUGCUCGCGCGUCUGUCUGUAUGCACGCAUGUAUUUGUGUGUGUGUUGUUGUGAUCAGUACAAUACAGUCCACUGUGCUGUGUAAGAUAAUCAUACUAUGUAAUCUUGUGCAUUUUAUUUCUUGUUUAUUUUAUACAUCUUAUUUUACUUAUUGAAGCUAUCAUGAUACUAAAAAAUGACUUGCAUUUCAUAUAACGCCAUGGUCCAAUAAAUGAACAUUUGGGGAAAAA